AUGACAGCUCUGAUUUUCACCGCCGUCAUCGGCUUGCUAGCCGUCGCCACACAAGCACUUGCACAGGAUGAUCCCACGCAACCUGUCGUUAUACGACUUCAUCCAAUGUCCACCAAGCCAAGAUUCCUAUCCGAGGUUUCUGCUCCACGAGCUGUGCAAGCGCCAGUGGUGCCACCAUCUCGCCCAAAUUCUGUAGCACCUGCGACAUCCGCUGCCCAACAGCCACUACCUCCAUCACCUCCUGCAGCACAACAACCGGUAUUCCAACAAACUGCACCACCUGGUAGCCAGCAAUUCGUACCACGAACAGGCGCCAGCGUACCACCUCCACCUCCAGUCACAAUCCCUCCUGAUGUUCAAAACCAGUUAAUCAAGUUCUUUGGACUAGAUUCAUUCGGAAUACCAGGGCUUACUGGAAAUCACCCCAAUGGAUUUGCUGGUGCUGUUCAGGAAUUGCGCGCUGCAGGAAUUCCCGUUCAAGGGCUACCGGCAGAGCACCUCAACGGGAACGCUGUUGCUCAUGCAGCUCCUACCCAGUCAGACAUUCUCGCACAAGCCAACCCGAAAUUCCAAGAUCAAAUUAGCCAGCUGGUAAAUGAGGCUCGAAAUCCCGGCCCCUAUGAUGGAGCAGGAGCUCAGGUCCCGCUUCCCGCUGAUAAGCCUGGAGAGAAUGGGCUCAUCGGAUUACUGUCCAAUUCUAUUCGAAAACUCGUUAAAGAAACCGGAGUAUCAGACGCACUCUCACAGUCGUUACCAUCGCUCCUCGGCAAUCCCCAUGCGUCAGGCUCUCGCUACGCUGCAGGUGCUUCCGGAGCGUCGGCUUCAUCACAGGAUGGUCCCGUUGUCUCCCAGUCGGUUGACGAUAAUGCCGUGACAAAUCAUGUCCGUGGAUCGAAUAUCCGCCGUCAACCGUCCACAGCUCAACGUGCCCUCUCUGGAAUCUCAUCCUUCCUAGGAGGAGGUGGAGGUAACACUCCUACUCACGCUGGACUGCCAAGGAUCCCAGGAAUUCCCCUUUUGCCUGGUGGUAUUCCCCGAAACGCUCAGGGUCAAAUCGAUGUCGUCAAUCUUAUUGGAUCAAUCACUCGACGGCUAUCUAAUGGAACCACCCUCGCCGACAUGCUGCCACCUGAGCAACUUCAGACAUUGGCCGACAAUGUCACCGAUGCUCUUCUGCCUGAAACUCCUUCCAAUUUCGACCUCAGCAAAUUUAUGGGACGAUGGUUCGAGGGAAUCAACUCACCACGAGCCACUGAACAACGAUGUGUCGUGCAUCACUAUGGAGGACUAACCAAGAACGACAAGACGGCGACCUUCACGGCCCUAAAGAUUUACAGAGAAGGAUCUGAAUUUGGCCCUGUCAGAUACUCGAUCGGUUAUGCCUUCCGAGGCGGAAACAAAGACGCUAUGUUGCAAUUGCACACCAGCGAGAGCAGUGAUGCUCAACCAUUCUGGAUAUACAAGCUUGGUCCCGAAGGAAAGGAUCCAUUCGGUAAUCCACAAUACGAGUACGCUAUCGUAUCCAAUUGGGUACGGUAUCCAGUAACGGUAUUGGUACGAGAUCCUGACACGUUCAAGCAAAAGUACCAAACUGAGCCGUCAUCGCCGCCGCCGCCACCGGCCGCCUCAACCGCAAUAGGCGCGAAGGUCACACAGACAGGCAGUCAUUGCGCAGUCAUGCUCAGGAACACCCUCAUCCUCUUCGGUGUCCUCGUCAUCCCAUCGGUACUCGCUAUCGGCGAGAACACGAUGGACAUUAACACAAUCACCGGAAUUAUUGGCGGUCUAGGACGAAUGCUGGAAACCAAUGUUGACACUAUCAAUGUACCGUCGGAGUUAAUAAUGGGACGGUGGUUCCAGAUGUACAAAGCAGCCAUAAAUUUCGACGUAUUCCGAACUCAGAUGUUCUGUCCUAUUGCUUACUGUGAGUUACCCGUAACCGUUGUCCCAGUUUCGGGCCUGGAAAUUGGACCAUUCCCACAGAGUGCCCAUACAUAUAACCUACCUAUUACAGUCUCGCCAAAUCCGAUUAUGGGUGAAGACGGUUUCUCCAUGGAAGAGGCCUAUAGAACGGUGUCAAAGACCGGGCCAAUUGAGACAUACAAAAGGGACAUGAACAAAGUAGGACCCGGUCAGUACUGGAUGUACACGGAAGAGUACUUCUACCCCAGACAAUUCUACAUCAUCGCGGCUGGUCCAUCAUUCCACAACGAGACUGGCAAAGCAGAUGAACCCAUUCAGUACAUCGCCGUGACGGACGCUAAUCGACUAUCCCUUGCAGUCUACGCCCGGGACCCUCACACCUUCUUCCAGAAGUACAAUAAGGACAUUCUCGAGUUCAUGGAGAAGAAAGGUUUUGGUGGUCGUGUGUUCUGGAACAGUCCUCGUCCUAUCUAUCAAGGACCAGACUGCGAAUGGCCCUCAGAGAAGGAGGUCUUUGCCAGACGAGUUCUGAAGAACCAGGAGCUAGCCGAACGCAGCCGCAAUGGCACCGCCGAGCCAGCCAUGUCCGGUAUGCCAUUGGCGGAUAUACUGCGUGAUCCGAAGAAGACACUCGAGCGUCUCGUCGGCACUCAAGUGUCCAGUAGCGCCGCGGAUCAGUCGGAUAUGCAGUGGUUGUGUGCGUUGGUCGUUGCCGUGGUCAUCUCGUCGGCUGCCGGUCAGCACGACGCGUUCGCCUUACCACAAGCGCCUCGCUUUGCCCCGAAACCCACGGUACCACCUGAGUAUUCGUCAUUCUUCGAGCUUGACGGUCAUGCCCGUGAACUCGUUGACUCGCUGCUGGGACCACGUCCAGGUGGUCUUUUCCCCGAAAAGACCUAUGAGAUUGGCGCACCAGCAGAGCCGGCUGCCGGCAACAAACCAGUGCACGUACCUUCGACUCUCGAACGCACCCUCGAGCAGUUUUUCACUGCUCCUGAGCCGGCAAGUGGCCAGGCGCUACCUCCUGGAUUCGGCGCUGGAUUCUCUUUAUUGAACAAUAACAAGCCUGUGACCACAUUCGGCUCCACUAUGCGCAGAGCUCCAGAGAAGAGCGUCACAGGAGAAGUUGAAGGUUCAGGUGAAGAGCCUAAAAGUUCCAUCAUGGGUAUUCCAAAGGUGUUCCCAAAACUUCCCAAAGCUCCCAUUUCUCAGCCAGAACCCUACAGGAGCCGAGAGCCAACUGUUAUUGCAGGGACGCCUAAUCUUCCUAUCAUUCCGGCUGCUCCUGAGGUACCUGAAGGUGGCUUCCUGCCCGCUGAGAUCAGACGCUCACCGCAGUCCGUCUCUGGUGUGGCAUCGUCUAUUGAUGACGACUCUUCGGACAUGGUUGAGGAUGAAUUUGGCGCUGCCAAUGAUGAAGCUACAACGUCAUCUGGUGGUCUCAUUGGCACCAUUUUCAACCUGAUCGGUAUGGGGCAAAAGAAACUCGCUGAAAGCAAGGCUGGUGAACUUGGCGCAAAAGCCACUGCCGAAGACAAGAAUGCUUUUGGUAAAGCAGUAUCGAACCUAAUCGGUGGUGAGAACAGCCCACUUCCAGCUAAGAAUAUGAUCUCUAACGUUUUAUACAAAGCGCUUACAUCAAACAGCUUACAGCCAAAUGACACUAAGGCUGAAAACCCUGAAGAUCCACUGGCUCCGCUAGGCAACGGUACUAUCGUCCUCACUCCAGCACAAUCAGCUGCGAUCACAGAGAAUCUGGAAAUGGUGCAGAACUUCAUCAUUCAACCGUCGUCACCACUUUGCACCCAGAAACCGGAACCAGUCGCUUUUGACAUGUACUCAUUUAUGGGUCAAUGGUAUCAGGUGGUCUACAGCCCUCCUUUCUCCUCUGGGCAAUGUAGUAUGGUAGCAUACAAGAAGCUCAAUGAUGUAAAUAACGGAGGACCUGGCUCAAUUUUUGAGAUUUUCGAAUACACAACCGAUGGAACCCCAUAUGGAAAGCCAAAAAUCAGCUCGGGUUACGCAAUGAUCAGAUCACCUGGAGAGCUCAUCUACCGUACCACAUCGAAUCAAGAGGAUGUAAAUGUGCACGUGCUCCAUGUGGGACCGGUGAAUGCGAACAACGAGUAUGAGUACGUAAUCAUGUCUACGAAUUGUAACUUCCCGCUCUACGUGUUCGCUCGUGAUCCAGUUAUGUACAAGCAGCGCUACGAGGGUGAGGUGAACGCGAUUCUGGAGAAGAAGGGCCUCGUCAACAGCAUUUCACGCCUGCUGAACAUCGUCGCCCCAGUGGAGAAUUCGCUGUGCACGUUUCCACCGUCACUGUUCAACAUUCAUGGCUGA